AUGUAUUUCUACGCUCAAAGUUGUCCUUCGACUGCAACAGCAUGGAGACCGACAAUGGCAUCGGCCACACCACCAAGUUCUCCACCAAUCACUAUCACAGCAUCGCCAGCUGUAAGUACACUCUAUGAUGAGAGUAAUUUAAUAUUCAUGGCACAAUAUGGAUAUUCUGCAACAAGUUUGACAGAUGGUCCAUCUGGUGUCGUAAAUUCAUUCACAAUAAACUAUCCAACCUGGGGUCCAGAAUAUCAUUAUCUUGUUAGUAAAACACCUACACCAGCUCUAAAGUCAGGUGUAUCCUAUCAAUUUAGUUUUAAUUUCAAACUUGGUCAAGUCUACGGUACUUACAAUCGAGUGUCAAGUAUGACCUUGUAUUUGUUUAGACCAGACGAUAUUACAGAUCCAAACGGAAGUAGUCAGUAUUUUACAACUUCAUCGGGAACUCCUUUGUUGGAAAAGACUUUUACCGGUAGUUUUACUUCAUCGACAUCGUUCGUUGCCAACUCUGUCACUAUUAUUCCAACUACAGAUAUUGGAGAAUCGGUAUUAGCAUUGAAAAUCCAAAGAACUACUCAAACCGGUCCAGUUGUUACCACCAUUUUUAUCAGUGAGAUGAAACUGACCAUUCCAUCGCAGCCCAUUGUACCACCAUCGACUCUAUUGACCAAAGAUUCGGAAUUGGUUAAUAUCCCAAAACCACCGCUUUCAGCGAUUGAUAUUCAAGAUCCAGCCAGUUGUCCCUAUGCAGCUACAAACCUCGUUCAUUGGCAUGACCCAACUAUUUGGAGUGGAGGUGUAGUCCCAGCACCAAACACCGCAACCAUUACACUGCCAGUAAACAAAAGAGUUCUUUUAUCGCCUUGUUCAAUCAGCCAAACUGCUGUUUACCAAAAAAUAGUUAUUCCAGCCACAUCAGAGCUAAUCUUUUCCGACGCUGCAAUGACUUGGAAUGUCAAGGAUAUCUACGUUCAGGGAAGAUUCACAAUGGGUACACGUUCAUGUAGAUACAAUGCCAAUAUUAAUAUUGUAUUCCAUGGUGCUAGAACUACAGCCAGUACAAUAGCUACCAAUUUUGGAAGCAAAGGAAUUGCUGUGGCAUCGACCGGUUUCAUUAGUGUUCAAGGUAAACAAUACCAUCAAACAUGGACAAAGUUGGCUGCAACUGCAUGGUCUGGUGAUUGUAUUAUCUACGUUCAAGAUGAUGUCAAUUGGGAAGUUGGUCAACAGAUUGUUAUUACCACAAGUAUCUAUAAGGAUAAUCUUCGUAAUCAAAAUGAAAUCAUGACCAUUGCCGCUAUUGAAGGAAAAAAGAUUCAACUGACCACUUCAUUGAGAUACUAUCAUUAUGGAGGUCAAGAAUACCAAGCUGAAGUUGGAUUGCUCAGCAGAAGAUUGGUAUUUAGAGGUGAUGGAAAUAGUAGUAAUACCGAUUCCGACCAGUUUGGAGGACAUAUUCUCGUAAACUCCAACGGUCAAUUCUCUGGAUUGCAACUCAUUAAAAUGGGACAAAAGAAUAUCAAAGGUCGUUAUCCUCUCCACUUCCACAUGGCCGGCACUGUAACCAAUUCCUACAUCUCUGAUUGCUCUGUUUUAGAUUCCUACUACCGAUGCUACACUAUCCAUGGAACCAACAAUUUAACUCUAACUAGAAAUGUUGCAUUCAAUGCAAUUGGACAUUGCUACUAUUUGGAGGAUGGUGUUGAAAUGGAUAAUCUAUUAUCAUUCAAUUUGGCUGCUCGAAUUCAAACUAUUGGUCAACCAGCUGCUGGAAGUACACAGUAUGGUGACGACUUUACAGAGAGCGACUCUCUGAAACAGCCGGCAGAUGUAACAGCCAGUGGAUUCUACAUUAGCAAUGCAUGGAAUUCAUUCAUUGGAAAUGCAGCGUCUGGUGGUUGGGCAUCCUUCUCUUUUCCAUACUUGGAGAGACCGGUUGGAAAUUUCCUGACCAGUCCAAUCGUCCCAUUCCAAUAUCCACUUAAAGAGUUCAAUGGAAAUACAGCACACAGUUCAGGUUAUUAUUUUGAGUUUGGCUCAUCGAUCUACGUUGGUGGAAAGCUAACCUACGAUGACUCUGAUGGCUUACUUUACUAUACGAAUGGUAGAGUUUCAAGAGAAACCUAUUCCAACGGUGUGGAGAACGAUGCCAACAUUGUUUGGAUGACUUUUAACAAUACGAAAGUGUAUCUCUCGAACAGAGGCAUUGGAAUGUGGGGAGAGCGUAGUGAAGCCAAUGCUUUGGAGUCGCAUGAUUCUCGUCGACCCGCUUCACUCUUUGGUGAAUCGUGGGUAAACAAUGCUCUGGUGAAUGGACAAUCUGCAAACCUGUUGGCGAAAGGCAAUGAAGUUUCCAGACAAGGAUUCCAAUUCUACGAUACCUAUGUAAAGACUAUUCUCACCAAUGUUGUUUUCAGAAACUAUGCAACAGUGUAUCCAUACUCGCAAAGCUCUGAGGACGACAACAAAGUGAUUAUCUCCAUGACACACUCUGACGAGUUCAAACCACAAGGAAUCUCAGCAACUCGCAACAUUACUCUUCAAAACUGUUUGGCUAGCCAGAUUAUCGGUCACAACAUCGUGGACACUGGAUCUUCGAGAUAUUUCAAUUUCAUCGAUUUCGAUGGAACUGUCACUGGCAGAGCUGGUGUACCAACAAUUGUUGGUGCCCACGACAAAUGGUGGCAGUUCGAUAGUAGCUGCGUCUAUAACUCUGCUUGGAACAGCUGGGUAUGCGAUAAAGGUAGUCGUGAGAUUGCCAACGUACAAUUCUGGGUGCCAGGAUUGAUUUCACGUGAUGAAAGCUGGCCUGCCAACUCCUACGUAGGUUAUACCUAUCUCUUUGGAAAUGGAAUCAGUGACGUGAGAAGAACCGUUGCCACGAGGAAUGCUGGUGUCACCGGUAUCUCCAAUGCUGGAUGGUACCUAUACUUGACUGCAGGUAGUCCAACCUACAUGAAGAUAUGGCUAUCACAGGUGGUCUAUAGUAACUAUGUAUUCCUCGCGGUUAGAUAUCCGGCGAGCACAACAUUCUCAGUGAGUUGUGAAUACAAGUAUAACAGUCAAUAUUCAUACAACUUUACGAUGGCAGCAUCACCCAGUGCCGUAAGAAACGGUAAUGGAAAGACCUACCACUUUGAUGGUACACAUCUCUUUGUCAAACUUGUAAACUUUAGAUUGGAUGGCAGUGAGUACUUUAGUCGAGGUGGUGCCAAGAUAUUCGAUGUCUACUGGGAAUUUUUAGUACAUAUCAAUGCUAAAAACACUGUUACACCACCAGUCAAUGGUUUCUUUACUGGUUUAUCUGAUGUAUUACCUUCUAGUACACUUUAA